CGAAUGGAGUUUAAUAAAUCACAGAUAGAUGAAGCAGGUUUUAUGACAGCUAUUCAAUUGGUUAAAGCAUUUGAUGAAAUGAAAGUAGAUGAUGAUACCAAAAAGUCUGUAUUGAUAUUUUUACCUGGUAUUUAUGAAAUUGAAGAAAUGCACAGACGUAUGGAGGAUUUAAUGGCUUCUGAAAAUCAUAAAUGGAUUCUUAUACCAUUACAUUCAUCGAUAACAAGUGAAGAACAAAACCGGGUUUUCAUACAGCCACCUUUAAAUUAUCGUAAAAUUAUUUUGUCCACCAAUAUUGCCGAGAGUUCAAUAACUGUACCUGAUAUAUUUUUUGUGAUUGAUUUUUGUUUGAUGAAACAAUUAAAAAAUGAAAUGAGAUCCAAUUAUUCCAUGUUAAUUAUGAGUUGGGCGUCAAAAAGUAAUUGUAAUCAAAGAGCUGGAAGAGUGGGACGAGUGGCCGAUGGUCGUGUCUAUAGGUUGAUUCCUAAAUUGAAGUUUUCUGACCUUGAAGAUCAUGAAUUGCCAGAAAUGAGUCGCUGUUCUCUCAGUCGUGUUGUUUUAAUGUCUAAAAUUUUGGAUAUGGGAACACCCAAACAAUUACUUGCAAGCGCAUUAGAUCCACCAUGUUUAACAAACAUUAUACUUACAAUCCGUACUCUUAAACAGGUUGGAGCAUUAUUGUCAACUGUAAAUGGAGUAAUUUCAUCAAUGGACGGUGAUAUAACAUAUAUGGGAAAAGUGAUGGCACAAUUACCGUUAGAGUCGCCAAUGUCAAAAUUAAUUUAUUUUGGAUAUAUUUUUAAUAUUCUAAAUGAAGCUAUUAUAAUGGCAUGUGGUCUAUCAAUAAAAAGUAUUUUUAGUCAGCCUUUUAAUCAACGUUUAGACGCAUAUACACAAAAGUUGACCUGGGCUCAUUAUUCUUGUAGUGAUCCAAUCGCAUAUAUUGGUGCAUAUCAAAGCUGGCUUGAGAGUAAGCCAGAAUUUGACCGAAAUCGAAAYUUUGAAAGAUCAUGGGCCUCUAAAAACUUCAUACAACUAUCAGCAAUGCGAGAGUUAUAUGACUUGAUUGAUGAUGUAUCCAAUAGAUUGAACAGAAAUUUUGGUAUAGUAGUGAAUUCUGGUAAAAUGAAAUGGAUCAAACMUGAAGAAAAAGCCUUGGCUUGUAAGGUGAUAUUAGCAGGUGCAUUUUAUCCUAAUUAUUUCAUACGAGGAACGACUAAUGCAUAUAUGGAUGAACAUGAAGUACUUAGAAUAUUAAAUGAACAUGACCCUUAUCGAACUGUUUAUUUAACUGGAUUUCCAAAUGAUCAACCUAAAGAAUUAUAUAAAGAAGCAAUUGAAUCCCUGUUUCCCCAAAAAUUUGUUGGCCAACCAACUGCAUAUUUUAGUACAUCUAAUAAAGUUUAUGUUGAAUUUCCAAUGUCAAAUAUUAGUAACAGAACAUCUAAUAAUAAUGAUCAAUAUGGAGAAGAAAAAAAUCAAUUAGUACCAGGAAAUAUAUGCUAUGGUGUUUAUGUAGCCAUAAAAAUGCGUACAUUAAAUUUUAAUUUCAAAAUACCAUUACUGAAACCUAGUGAUGCAAAAAAAAAAGUAGAGUUGAUAACCCAACAAAUGGCUGCUCAGGAAAUAACGCAAAAAGAAGUAUUACCAAUUCAACACUGUAUACUUGAAGAAAUAGAUUCUAAUAAUAGAGCUAUUGUCAUAACUGUAACACAUUUUGAAUCUGUUGAUCGUUUUUGGGCUCARCUUAUGGAUGAGAAAUAUUGUAGUAUAUUAAUUAAGUUAUGGAAGUUUGUUAAUAAUGAAAUAAGUCUCAUAGAAACUUCUGCAAAUAAUUUGGGGAUAGGUGAUAUUUAUAUUGUGAUAUAUCAAGGAGAAAAAUAUAGAGGCAAAUUAAUGGAGUCUCCUUGUGACCCUAAAAAAGAAUACAAAUUUUUGUUGAUUGAUUUUGGAGAAACUGUUCAGUUGUGUAUUGAAAACAUAUUCAACAUUAAAGAUGAAGAUAUGAAAAAAAAAGUUUAUAGUUUUCCAACAUUAGCUUUUCAAUGUAAAAUUGCAAAAAUUCGUGCACCCAUAAAUAGACAAUUGAAGGAUUGGUCAGAGGAAACUAGAACUAUUGAUAUUGAUAAAUUAUUUAAAAAAGUAAAAGGAAAAGGAACGAUAUUUUCUAUAGUUGAUGGUGUUGUGGCAUUUGAAGAUCUAACUUUCAUUAAUGAAGAAGAAACUAUUUCAAUUUCAGAGUACUUAAUUAAGAAUAAAUUAGCUACUCGUGCUGAAGAGUCUUUUGCUUCAAAGAUUGAUCAUGAAAGACGGUUAAAGCUUAUAGGAUGUGUUAAGAAUGAGAUGCAUCAAAAAUCUAAUGUUUCAUGUCUUAACAUAAAAAGUCCUACAGUAGAUGAAUCAUUUACAGUUCACAAUUUAAAAGGACCUUCAAGUCCACUAGAAAUGUCAGUUAGAGGAAUAAGUCGCAAUAGUACUUCUAAAUCAAUAAAAAUAGAAUGUCAAUCAGUCAAUUCUGUUUUAUUAGAUAGUGAACCAAAUGAUUACCAUGAGAGAUUGUUUGUUGCUGGAAAUGUUUGCUUAAAUGAAAAUGAUAGAUUAACCCUUUGGGAUACAACAAUGAUGCCAAACAUCCCUGGGAUGCCUGCGAUUAUUUGUCUGAUGUUCUCUCCAUGUGUAGAAAUCAGAUACAAUCCUUCUUAUACUAAAAUGAUUGGAGCCAUUUGUGGUUUAGGUUACAACCCAGAAACUUGUAGGCCAUUGUUUGAAGAAAAUGAUAUUGAGAUAACCUUUGAUACUGUUAUUGAUCUCAAUUUUUUGAACAAAAUUAAUAUUGUUAGAAUGCUGCUAAACAAAUGUGUUAAUCCAGAUGACGAAGAAGGUCCUGGUGAUAUUUUUCAAGUACAGCAUAGCUUACAAAUGUCUUUAAUAGAUAUAUUCAGUCAACCCACCAAGUUCAAAGGACCAGAACCAUAUACAAGAAAAUAUAUGUGGUCAGAAAUUCAAAAAUCAAAACUGCAGUCGCCAUACCAUGAAAAUAGCCCUGUUAAUCAUCCAAUGGCUGGUUCUGAUGUUUAUAAACUACUAUGGGUAACUAAUUUGUCACCAAAAAUGUCUGCUACAGAGUGUAAAAGCUUGAUGUUCAAACUAAGUAAAAUCAAAAGAUUAGAAGAAUGCUUGAGUUUAAACAAUUAUACCAGCGAACGGUGUUUAGAAGAGCUAUAUUGCCCAUUAUGUGAUUUGGUUUUUUCGAACACCACGUCCAUUUUAAUGCAUUUUGACAAUUACCAGCAUAUUGAGCGUUAUAAACUCGCUAGAGAAGAAUUACAAUUACACUACACUGGACCAUUUCAAGAUAUUAAAAACUUGUAAACUGAUGAAUUCUGAUACUAUUUUACAAUGUAUAUUAAUAUUUAAGCUCAAUUAAUGUAAAUUAUGAGGAAGAAAACAUAAUAAUUUGCAUA